UUUGCCAUGGGCUGGGGGCCGCGGAGGCUGCGAGCUGCCGGGCCAGGACAGCGGCGGCGGCGUCCGCACCGCGGCUGAGCGAGUAGCGUCGCGCGGGGCGCGCGGAGAUGGCAGCGUCCAGCAACUCCAGCCUGUCCGGCUCCUCGGUGUCCUCCGAUGCUGAAGAAUACCAGCCUCCAAUAUGGAAAUCCUACUUAUAUCAGUUACAGCAAGAGGCCCCUCGUCCCAAGAGGAUCAUUUGUCCUGGGGAGGUGGAAAACAGACCAAAAUAUUAUGGAAGAGAGUUUCAUGGGAUCAUCUCCCGAGAGCAGGCAGAUGAGCUUCUUGGAGGCGUGGAGGGCGCCUACAUUCUCAGAGAAAGCCAGCGCCAGCCAGGGUGCUACACGUUAGCACUAAGGUUUGGAAACCAGACCUUAAACUACAGGCUCUUCUAUGAUGGAAAACACUUUGUGGGUGAGAAGAGGUUUGAAUCGAUUCACGAUCUGGUCACAGAUGGCUUGAUCACGCUGUACAUAGAAACGAAAGCUUCUGAAUACAUUUCCAAAAUGACAACAAAUCCCAUCUAUGAGCACAUCGGAUAUGCCACUUUACUCAGAGAAAAAGUAUCCAGGAGGCUAAGCAGGUCUAAAAACGAAUCAAGGAAAGCCAGCGUCACAAAUGAAGAACACACAGCGGUUGAAAAGAUCUCCUCCCUGGUCCGAAGGGCCGCCCUCUCACACAACGACAACCACUUCAACUAUGAGAAGACACACAACUUUAAGGUCCACACGUUCCGAGGCCCGCACUGGUGUGAAUACUGCGCCAACUUCAUGUGGGGGCUUAUUGCCCAAGGAGUCCGAUGCUCAGACUGUGGAUUGAACGUACACAAACAGUGUUCCAAGCAUGUUCCCAAUGACUGCCAACCUGAUCUCAAGAGGAUCAAGAAGGUGUACUGUUGUGACCUGACAACACUCGUGAAGGCUCACAACAUGCAGAGACCCAUGGUGGUAGACAUAUGCAUUCGGGAAAUUGAAGCAAGAGGAUUAAAGUCAGAAGGGCUUUAUAGAGUUUCCGGGUUUACUGAACACAUCGAAGAUGUCAAAAUGGCAUUUGACAGAGAUGGUGAAAAGGCCGAUAUAUCUGCCAACAUCUAUCCAGACAUAAACAUCAUCACUGGAGCCCUUAAACUGUAUUUCAGAGACUUACCCAUUCCUGUCAUCACCUAUGAUACCUAUUCCAAAUUUAUAGAAGUAGCAAAAAUCUCCAGUGCGGAUGAGAGGCUGGAAGCGGUCCACGAAGUGCUGAUGCUGCUUCCUCCUGCCCACUAUGAGACCCUCCGGUACCUGAUGAUCCACCUAAAGAAGGUGACUCUGAAUGAAAAGGACAAUUUCAUGAAUGCUGAAAAUCUGGGGAUCGUAUUUGGGCCCACCCUGAUGAGGCCCCCUGAGGACAGUACCCUCACCACCCUCCAUGACAUGCGGUACCAAAAGCUGAUUGUGCAGAUUUUAAUAGAAAACGAAGAUGUUUUGUUUUAA